UUCCUCGUCCACUCAAACGUGCGGCUCCUGCUAAAUCUUAGUUAUACUUGGCUUUGUUAGUUGGGUGUCACCAACACACAGCACCACAAGAAUAAAAAAGAAAAAAGCAAAAAAUAUAAAGAUGCUUAGGAGCAGCACUAUAGUUCAGAGUGUUACUGGUGUUUGUUAUAAUCAUAUGUCAUGGUUCCAUUCAAUUCCUAGAAAUUUUAGAUUCUCUUACCCUUCCCGUAAUAACCCUUCAUUAUUAUCAAACUCUGCUAUUAUCACGUGGAAAAGAAAGGCAAAAUCUAAUUCUAAUCGUUCUGGAAUGGGAACCUUCACAACUCGUGCAUUGGCGCAGCCACUCAAGAAUGCCGAUGAGCUCAUUGAUUCUGUUGAGACGUUUAUCUUCGAUUGUGAUGGAGUUAUAUGGAAGGGUGACAGCUUAAUAGAAGGAGUGCCUCAAACACUUGACAUGCUUCGGUCAAAGGGCAAAAGAUUAGUUUUUGUCACCAACAACUCUACAAAGUCUAGGAAGCAAUAUGGAAAGAAGUUUGAGACACUUGGCCUGGAUGUCAGCGAGUUAUUUCAGGAGGAGAUUUUUGCAUCAUCUUUUGCAACUGCUGCAUAUUUGAAGUCCAUUGAUUUCCCAAAAGAUAAAAAGGUUUAUGUAAUUGGAGAAGAUGGCAUCUUGAAGGAGCUUGAGCUUGCUGGAUAUCAGUACCUUGGUGGGCCAGAAGACGGUGGGAAAAAGAUAGAGCUGAAGCCAGGGUAUUUGAUGGAGCAUGAUAAAAAUGUUGGAGCGGUUGUUGUUGGGUUUGAUCGCUACUUCAACUACUAUAAAGUCCAGUAUGGAACACUUUGUAUACGUGAAAACCCUGGAUGUCUUUUCAUUGCUACAAAUCGAGAUGCUGUCACUCAUCUCACAGACGCUCAAGAAUGGGCAGGUGGGGGCUCCAUGGUUAGUGCUAUCAGUGGAUCUACUCAACGUGAACCACUAGUCGUUGGAAAACCCUCUACUUUUAUGAUGGACUACUUGGCAAACAAAUUUGGCAUUUCGAAGUCACAGAUAUGUAUGGUUGGGGACAGAUUAGACACUGAUAUUUUGUUUGGACAAAAUGGUGGCUGCAAAACCCUUCUUGUCCUCUCAGGGGUCACCACACUGGCCAUGCUUCAGAGUCCUAACAACGCCAUACAACCAGACUUCUAUACCAACAAAAUUUCAGAUUUUCUUUCCCUGAAAGCUGCACCUGUAUGACUACACACUUUAUGAGAUUAUCCCCAAAUAGUAUAUCUAAGAAGUAAAUGGUGGGCUGAGGAUAAUGUUUGUACAAGUUUUUCUUAAUUAUUUUACUUUAAGAAGUAUAAUUAAAAUAAAAUAAAAUUCUUUUCAUUUUCUUUUUCAAAUGGUUUUUAUGUUAUUUUAAUUUUAAAUUGCUGUUGAUAUAAAACUUGUUCACAAUUUUA